AUGUCUGGAGCACCAUCAGGAAGCGGCUCUUUAGAAGACCGCAUCUCCAAACCAGAGUCUACCUCAUGGGCAGAUGAAGUAGCCUCUCCCGCAACCGAGAAUCCACCACCAAUUGCAAAUGUGGAAGCGAAAGAGCCGGAGCCAGCACCACAGGAUAACGGACAAGUCGAUGGAGCUACAGAACCGUUCGGGGGAUCGCAGCUGGAAGAGCCUGAUUUCGAGGUGGAGGUCAAAUUGGCGGACAUGCAGGCAGAUCCUAACAACCCCCUCUUCUCGGCCACUUCCUUUGAGCAACUAGGGCUCAACGAAAAUAUCCUCAAAGGCGUUGUGAGCAUGAACUUCCGAAAACCGUCAAAAGUCCAAGAGAAGACUCUUCCCCUCCUCCUUAUGAACCCUCCUCAAAAUUUGAUCGGUCAAUCUCAAUCUGGGACUGGCAAGACCGCGGCUUUCGUGUUGAACAUUCUACACCGUCUCGAUCUUAGCAACGAACAGAUGCGCAAGACUCCACAGGCACUGGUUUUGGCUCCCAGCAGAGAGCUUGCUCGUCAGAUCGAGGGUGUGGUCAAAGUCAUGGGGUCUUUCGUGGAUGGUCUGAUUGUGGCCGCUGCCAUUCCUCAAGAUGCUGCAAGCCGCUCGCGAAAAAUCGAAGCGUCAGUGAUCGUCGGAACCCCUGGCACGGUCCAGGACAUGAUUCGCAAGCGAUCCAUGGAUGUCAAAUCAAUCAAAGUGCUGGUUCUCGAUGAGGCUGACAAUAUGCUCGAUCAACAAGGUCUCGGUGAUCAGUGCAUUCGUGUCAAGUCGAUGCUACCCAAAAACCUUCAAGUCGUCUUGUUCUCCGCCACUUUCCCAGACAACGUCGUCCUAUAUGCCGAAACCUUUGCUCCAGGUGCCAAUCAGUUAACUCUUCAGCACAAGGAUUUGACGGUCGAGGGUAUCAAACAGAUCUACCUGGACUGCGACAGUGAUGAAGCCAAGUACGAAGUCUUGGUCAGAUUCUACGGUCUCAUGACGAUUGGCUCAUCCAUCAUCUUUGUCAAGACUCGAGAAACUGCACACAACAUUGAACGACGAAUGACUGCCGAAGGCCACAAGGUAGUGUCAUUAACCGGAGGCAUCGAAGGGGCGCAGCGCGAUGUCAUCAUAGAUGCAUUCCGCAUGGGUCAUGCGAAGGUUCUUAUCACAACCAACGUCCUCGCUCGUGGUAUCGACGUCCAGUCCGUGUCGAUGGUUGUCAACUACGAUGUCCCGGACAGAUUUGUCGGAGGUGGUCGAUACGUUGCAGAUCCUCAAACAUAUCUUCAUCGUAUCGGUCGAACCGGUCGAUUUGGACGUGUGGGUGUGGCUGUGACAUUCGUCAGCAGUCGACGCGACUGGGAGAUGUUGAUGGAAAUCCAGAAAUACUUCAAUACGCACAUGACCAAGGUCUCGACGGAUGAUUGGGACGAACUCGAGGAGCAGGUCUCGAGGAUUAUCAAGAGUUCGAGAGCGGGUUCAAAUUUUAUGGAGGGGGCGAAUAUGUCCAUGCAAUCGUGA